GCCUCGUCUGGAAUGGCUGUGCAUGAUGAUUGUAAGCUCAAGUUCUUGGAACUGAAAGCGAAGAGGAACCACCGAUUCAUUGUGUUCAAGAUUGAGGAGAAGAUACAACAGGUGAUUGUAGAGAAGAUUGGAGGUCCUGAUGAAACCUACGAGGACUUCACUAACUCCAUACCUGCUGAUGAAUGCCGCUAUGCUGUCUAUGAUUUCGAUUUCACAACUGAAGAGAAUUGCCAGAAAAGCAAAAUCUUCUUCAUUUCAUGGUCGCCUGAUACGUCGAGGGUGAGAAGUAAGAUGCUUUAUGCAAGCUCCAAGGACAGAUUCAAGAGGGAAUUGGAGGGCAUUCAGGUGGAGUUGCAGGCAACAGAUCCUAGUGAGAUGAGUUUGGAUGUCAUAAAAGGGCGAGCACUCUAA